AUGAAAUUGUCGCUUGUUUUGUUUAGGCGAAAUCGCCUACCCAAUGGUCAUAUAUUUAGAGGAAAAGAUCGGUUAGUAAAAAAAGUGGAACCUGUGCAUCUUCGCCGAUUACAACAAGAUUUUGCUAUUGAAGAGCAGAAUAUGUUUUAUUUAAGAUUUCCUUAUCUUUCUGAGGCUGAAAGUGCAGGACAUGCAAGAGCAUUGGACAAACCAAAGAAAAGGAUAAUGGGUUUUCAGGAGACCAACAGAAAAAUAUUUAAGGAUGAUGUUACUCUUUAUGAGAGAUUUAAACAUCUUCGUGUUAAUGAGUCAUGGGAUUAA